AUGCCAUACUCAAUCUCAAUUCCUGAAUUUGAUAAACAAAGCGACUAUGUAGACUAUAUUUUCUUAGUCGUUGACCCCCAAACAGGAGAGUCUUGGAAUUUCAAGCGAAGAUACUCAGUGCUCCGAAAAAUCUCAGAAUCACUGAAAAAAUUCUCAAAAGAUGCUCAAUUUCCAGGCAAAAAGGUUUUUGGAAAUAAAAACUCUAAUUUUCUUGAGCAGAGAAGGAAUGACCUUCAACGCUACUUCCAAGAAUUAGUCAAAAACCCAAGCAUUUAUUCUUCACCAAUUUUUCAAGAGUUCAUGAAGCCAAGUGACAGGAAAGUUCUUAAUGACUCAAAAAACAGCCAAUCACAAAGAAAUAAGCCCAAAAAAUCUGCACAAGAAAUCGAGCAGCAAAUUGGUUUAUUAUGCUCAAAAAUUGCUGAAGAAACAUCAAAUAAGUUUUUAGAUUUGGGAGCACAGCCUAACCCUGUAGAAGAUGAGGACGCAGAAAAAAGAGUCAGCGAAUAUUUCAAAUCUGCCAAUAAUUUCAGGUUUAGCUAUACUUUAGAGAUGCCUGAGGGUCAAAAUAUUAAUCAAACACAAAUAGCAAGGCCUGUUGGGGACUUCAGGCAAAUGAUUGAUAGGCUGUUUGUAGAAAUAAUCCAAGUGGCUGAAGAGAAACAGCAGUUAGAGUCUUUAGUAUUAAGAUUAGAUCGCUAA